AUGGCCGUGGUGUACGAUACCCUUGUAUUUCUUGCAAUAUCAUGGCGCCUGGCGAAGAACGCCCACGUUGAGGUGGGAGGAAUACGAGGUGGAAUCAAGAUGGCUAUUUUAGGGAGAUACCUUCCUCUGUUCAGCAGAAGCAUGUUGAUUGAUGGACAAAAAUACUAUCUGUUGACAACAAUAUCCGCACUUCUCACCAUCGUCUUUGCCUCAAUCAAGUCUGUGCCAGUACCGCUGAGCACAGUAUUUGCAACGCCAACAUUGAUGCUGACAAACAUUAUGGCGUGUCGUGUCUAUCGAAAUACGCGAUUCGGCUUGUUCAGAGAGGACGAAAUUUCAACUGCGAACAUGUCCCGGGACAUUCCAGUUUUUGUGCACCAACAAACAUGCGACGGUAGCAUAACAGGCAAGCAUGAAAUACAAGGGUUUAAUAUUGACGGUAAAAGUGAGGAGCUUUCGACUGAAAAUAGAGGCAAAAAGAUAGAUUCAUUGCAGAUUGUUAAAGGGGUUGUCUAG